UGCCAUAACCUUUGAUAAUACAUAAGAGAACCUUCGUCUCUACGCAAAUCUAGAUUUCUAGAUCUUAUUUCAUACUAUCUCACAGUUUUCAAUCGACACACUAUCCAUAUUGGCGCCCCCUAAUGAUGAAAUAGCAAAGCUCUAGAACGUAAUACAUUCUAAACAGGCUAGACAUACCGGCUUUGUGUUCCUCGGGUUACACAACGUCGUGGAAUGGAAUAGCCAUAAAAGCCGGUCGACUCCUCUCUCCACCUGUUUCAACUAGGUAUUAACAGUUCGUCUUUCCCCCAACUCGACUCUUAGCUUCGUAAACCCUACGCAGCUAGGUAUCUUCCAAUUUGCCAUGGCCAACGGAAAGCUUCUCGUCCUCGGCGCCACAGGCGAGACGGGCCAAGUCGUCGUGAAGCGCGCUCUCGAGCUAGGCUGGCGCGUGACCAUUUACGGCAGACGAACACUGCCAGAGCAUGCCGAGAACCCAGAUAUCCAGUCCGUCGAAGGCGCCCUCGACAACGAGCAGCAACUGCGGACCGCGAUCCGUGGGCAAGACGCCAUCAUCUCCGUGGUCGGGCCAUCAGGCAUGCGGGCGCAAACAGCCGUCUUCGUGCCGGCGUACAAGCUGAUCCUGUCCAUCAUGAAGGAAGAGGGUGUACGGCGCAUCAUCGCGCUGAGCACCUUCAGCGUCAAGGACCCCAACGACAAGCCCAGCGUCUUCAUCUGGUUCCUGACGACCGUGCUCUGGGCCGUCGCGCACAACAUCUGGAAGUCGAUCGUCGACGUCGGCGAGGUCUUCGACAAGUACGGCGGCGACAUCGACUGGACCCUGUUCCGCGUCGGCUUCUUGGGGAAUGGGCCUCGAGGCAAGGUUGUGGAUGGGUACGUGGCGGAUGGCACGCUGGGUGCCUCCGUCGAGCGCGCUGACAUCGCCGAGUGGGCGCUGACUCAAGCGGAGAAGUCGCCGCCGGAGUAUGUGCGGGCGAAACCUGGCAUUUCUUCCAUUAAAAACUAAUGGGUUGAUCUAUAUGGAAGUCUAUGGGAGUCGAGCUAAUGACUUGGUCGUUUGUAUUUGGGAGUCAGUUCCGGAUUGUAGUGUCAAGAAAACCAUACAAAGCCCUACAAUUAAGCAACUGAACUUGUAAGACUACCUAGAAGCUUCAAGAAUGAAUGGUCACUUUAUAUGUGAAGUAAAUAGUAAUGCACUCCAUAUCCUACUUUCAACUCUAACCCUAACCCUGCUCAUGCAUGCCCAGGGUUAGGGUUAGGGUUAGG